AUGGAUACAUUUUUCUCGUCUUUCCUUUAUUUUGGUAAAUCUCAUGGUAUGUUAAAUCGUUUCAACUCAGAUAUAUCUUUUAACAUCUCUUCUGGUGUUAGCAAUAAUAAUUCUUCAACCCGAAGCUUCAGUUUAACAAACCACAACUCGACUGUCGAGAGUGUUUUUAGCAAUAAGAGCCUGAUGCCAGAAAUGGCUCUACCAAUCUCGAUUUAUGAUAAUACUUCAAAAAGAAAUUUAUCAGUAUUUUUGACAACGAAUGGGAGUACAAGCAUUCCAUCACAGAGUACAAGCUCGGCAGGAAAGAAUCCUGCAAACAUGUUUUUAAAGAACGAAAAAAUGUGGGCUUGUAAAAACAACACGUCCGGUUUUGUUAAUAGUUCAACUGCUAUUAAAUCAACUAAGAAGGUUCAAAGACCCCCAGCUGUAGUUGGGCCGAUAUCGGAAAUGAACAAUUUGCUUCUACAGAGCCGUGCUUCUUAUCGGGCUAUGAAACCUAAGUGGCCUUUGCAAGUGGAUAGUGAACUACUGAACUCAAGAAGGCUUAUUGAAGGUGGUAGAAUAAUGGAAAAGAAUUCUGAUGUUGAAUGUUUGUGUAUUGUCCUAUGUAGGAGUUAUGAAUUAAUGAAGAAGACUCUUAAAAUUUACAUCUAUACCGAAGGAGAAAAGCCCGUAUUCCACCAGCCCGAACUCGACGGCAUAUAUGCUUCCGAAGGAUGGUUCAUGAAGCAGCUCCAAGAAAAUAAGCACUUUGUGACUAAAAAUCCCGACAAAGCCCAUCUCUUUUACCUGCCGUUUAGCUCGCGACUGUUGGAGGAGACUUUGUACGUCCCUAAUUCUCACAGUCGCAAGAACUUGGUUCAGUAUUUGAGUCGUUACCUUCAGAAGAUCACGACCACUUAU